AUGUCAUUACGCCAGCUUUCGUUCGCGCUACGGACUGCACGACAGGCGCAACUAGCAUCAGCAACGUGGCGCCAAAAUGGCCGUCUCUUUGUGCGGAGCUGCUCUUGCUCUGCGCCUCACCAGUUACAGCACACAGUGACUGUCUCAUCUGAGGCACCCGCCAGUGCGCAAUUGAACCCUACAACCGGCACCCCGCCUACGCCCUCCCUCGACCACCGAACUCUCGCGCAGACACAUAACCUCUUCAUUACAUCUCCGUACAGCCCUGGCUCACCGCUCAUUCUUCCCAACGGCGCCUAUGUCUUUCAGAAGUUGCAGUCGUUCCUCCGAGCGCAGUAUCCACAAUUCGGCUUCCAGGAGGUCAUUACACCCAUAAUAUAUAAGAAGUCGCUAUGGGAGAAGUCAGGACACUGGGAGAACUAUGCCGAGGAUAUGUUCAGUGUGCAGGGGCGAGGUACAACGGCGCAAAUUCCAGAAGCAGAAGGUGGAGAGGACGGAGAGUUCGGCCUGAAGCCAAUGAACUGUCCAGGCCACUGCUUGCUGUUCAGGGAUGAGAUCAAGAGUUAUAGGGAUCUGCCAGUCAGACUUGCCGACUUCAGUGCUCUACACAGGAACGAGAUCUCAGGCGCCUUGACAGGUCUGACCAGGGUCCGGCGGUUUCACCAGGACGACGCGCACAUCUUCUGUCGACCAGAUCAAAUCUUGGCCGAGAUUGAGCAGACACUUAAGUUUGUGGGCAUGGUAUACAACACGUUUGGAUUAGGUCCCUACAAGCUGCUUCUCUCUACCCGGCCAAAGGAUAGCUUCAUCGGCACUAUUGAGGAAUGGGAUCGUGCAGAGGAGCAGUUGACUACUGCGUUGAACAACAUCGGAAGCGAAUGGGCGAUCAACGAAGGAGACGGAGCAUUCUAUGGGCCGAAGAUUGACAUCAUCCUAAAAGAUUCGAAUGGCAAAGAGCAUCAGACGGCAACCAUACAGCUGGACUUCCAACUUCCGCAGCGCUUCGACCUACAAUACCAGGCAUCGCCGGAAGAACUAGAGGCGGGGCCACAAUCGUCCAUGGACGCAGGUCUAGAUCCAGCCCUUCGCCGCCCGGUCAUCGUCCACCGCGCUAUCUACGGAUCCAUCGAGCGCUUCAUGGCUCUGCUGAUCGAACACUAUGCCGGCAAAUAUCCGUUCUGGCUGUCUCCCCGGCCUGCCAUCGUCUUGUCGCUGAAUUCCGACCCAAAGGUCCUUGAACAUGUCUCGCGCAUUCAGUCUGUCCUCUCGGGGCUCACACCAUCUGACGCACCAGAAAUUUCCGCAUCGUCACCUAAGCCACUCCCGUUGUCGACCAUACACCUUCCCAUAGACGUUGACACCAGCGACCGUUCGCUCGGCAAGAAGAUCGCUGAAGCAAGGACAAAGAAGUACAACCAUAUCAUCGUCGUCGGUGGUAAGGAGGUUGAGAGCGGCAGCAUGAACCUCCAGAUCAUGAAUCAGCCGAACGAGGAAUCCACUAUAGAGGCGUUGCAAGUCUCCUUAGGAAAGACACUCACUGACAAAGAGCGAUCGAAGGCCACUGUGAACGUCGAUCUGGAUUCUGCUAGAAAAUAUUUCGAGAAUCUAGCCAACUCAUUCUUGUAA